ACACGCAACCAGAUGAGGCGGGUGAACAGUUGAUGCAAUGGCGCUAAUGGAAGAACUUUUAAAAACUAUUAGGCGUUCAGAUACAAAGAAGAACAAAAGAAGAAUAAUUAGAUGGAUGCAGAAACGUGGUAUCAUGAAGAGGACGAUGAAGUGCGCAAAAUGCAAUCGAAGGAUGCAUCUGGUGACAUGCCAUGUCAAGGAUGGGCUGUGGUGGGUCUGUAAGCAUCAUAAAAGUUCCCCACGAUCUGUACGCAGUGGCUCAAUAUUCAGCAAAUCUCACAUCCCUUUGACAAAAUGGCUUGAGUUCAUGCACAGAUUUGCACAAGGUUUGCAGUUGAAGCAACUUGCCAUGAUCACUGAGGGGAUAGCAGCAAGCUCCAGGACAUUGACAAAAAUGGCGAAAGUACUCAGAAAGGUGUGCAUUGCUGCCCUCAAGCGUCUGAGGAAAAGAGGAAUGAGGAUUGGUGGUCGUCAUCGAUUUGUUGUUAUUGACAAGAGCAAAUUUGCCCACAAACGAAAGUACCAUCGUGGUCGAUGUGGCAACACUUGGCGCCGUGAACGGCAGUGGGUCUUCGGGAUGCUGGAGGUUGACGGGAAUUCCAGAAGACCCAUUCUGAGACUUGUCAGGGAUUGCACAAGACAAACCCUUAUAGGCCAAAUUAGACGCUAUAUAAGACCCAGAACGUCCAUUCUCACUGAUGAAUGGCGUGCCUACAAGGGGCAACUUGCUCAGUAUGGAUAUGGUCAGUAUUCUAUCUGCCAUAAAAAAAACUUUGUUGACCGAGAGACUGGUGCUCAUACUCAGCAUAUUGAGCGUGCAUGGCAGAACUACAAGCUGGAAGUAUGGCGCCAUAGAG